AUGGGGAAAAAAUACCUAGGAGGAUCAGGCAACGGCUUGACGGUCUGGAUCUCACUGGCCGCGUCGACUGUGCUUAUAUUCUAUGGCUACGACCAGGGCGUCUUCGGCAAUGUGCUCGUAUCUCAAAACUUUCUCGACCAGAUGGGCAACCCAUCAGCCAAGGACCAGGGAACGCUCACGUCGGUAUACAACCUGGGGUGUUUCGGCGGCGCCUUGUCGACGCUAUACACGGGCGAUCGACUCGGACGGCCUCGCACACUGUUACUCGGAAGCAGCGUCAUCGCCCUAGGCGCUGUCGUGCAGACGGCCUGCUGGUCGAAGAACCAGAUGUAUGCCGGAAGAGUGAUUGCAGGCCUGGGCACGGGAAUGAACACCGCGACCGCGGGUGUCUGGCAGUCGGAGACGAGCAAGAUGAGGAGUCGUGGCAAGUUGAUCAUCAUCCAGAUGGCGAAUUGUAUCACGGGGUUCUGUCUAUCGAAUUUCUUGACGCUGGGUUUCUCCUUCGCUCCCGGUAGUGUCUCAUGGAGGUUUCCCUUGGCUUUCCAAGGCUUUUUCACAGCCUUGAUCUGGUGCAUGUGCCCAUUCUUACCCGACUCUCCUCGCCUGCUGAUCCGCAAGGGCAAAUACGAUGACGCGCUGGACGUCCUCGCUGCUCUUGAGGGCAAUGGAGCGACCCCAGAGUCAGCGUCCGUUCGCGCUCAAUUCAACAACAUUAAAGACGUCUUGGACCGCGAGCACGCAGACACAUAUACUUGGGUCCAGCUUUUCACGGGACGUGGCCCAAGCGGUGUUCUUCGCCGUGUGAUCCUGGGAGCGUGGAUGCAAGCAAUGAAUCAGAUAUCAGGCAUAAAUGUUACUUCGUAUUAUAUGACUUACGUGUUCAUUAACUCAUUGGGAUACGACACACUGAGAGCUCGAAUACUUGCAGCGGCUGGUUCGGUCGACUAUUUGAUCUUCAGCUUUCUGGCAUAUUUCGUGAUCGAGCGUUAUGGCCGGCGAAGCGUCAUGAUGACAUCUGCAUUUGCUUGCUCAACGUGCUGGGUCAUCAUCAGCAUUGCAACGGGGCUAUCCGAGCAUAAUAAGGGCGACAAGUUCACGCUUGGAGCUUUGGCAGUUUCGUUCUUCUUUGUGUUCUUCGCCUCCUUCGCACUCGGCGUCCUGGGCGUCCCGUGGCUGUACCCGACUGAAAUCAACCACCUUUCGUUCCGGGCCAAAGGCGCAUCAGUAGCAAUGGCAACCAACUGGAUCAUGAACUACAUGGUGGCACAGGUAACACCUCCAGGGAUCGCCAACCUGGGUUAUCGAUUCUGGAUUAUCUGGGCGGUGAUCUGCGCAUCGUUCAUCCCAACCACAUACUUCUUCUAUCCGGAGACGGCCAACCGCACACUCGAGGACAUCGAUCGGUACUUCGCAGAGCAUCGCAAUAUCUUCGUACACAGGGAUAAGGUCGCAACACAGCUGAAUCGGCCCGAGCAGUGGGAGCAGCUGGAUCGCGAGUUCACCAGGCGUGCCGAAGAAGAGAAGAUCAGAAGUGGCCAGGUGGAUGUUGAGGCUGAUCUCAAGCAGGAUGAAGCGGAUGUGGUUUAUUUGGAGAAGUGA